AUGAGAUACUCCCCAGAAAUCAAGAAGUCCCCAUCGCAUCUCCUGAAGAAGUUUGCAGUGUGUGACAUCCCUCUCUAUGACAUCUGUGACUACAACAUCAGCAGGGACCGGUGCAAAGAGCUCGGGUGCUGUUUCUAUAAGGGUGUCUGCUACGAGAAAGCUAUUCCCGUUUACGUGCAGAUCUUCUCCGCCCUGAUUGUGCUCAUUGGAGGCAUCUUCACCAUCACCAUCAUCUACAGGAUCAUACAGGAGAAUAGAAGAGAGACAGAGAUCUUCACGGAAACCCCACCAUCAGUUAACAUCUCCAGGAAGGAGUCUGAGCAGCUUUCUACUCAAGAACCGGUGUCGCUCAAACUUUCCCUUCCAAGUGGCUCCUCCAAGAAGGGCACUGAGAGCCAAAUGGAAGUCCCUGAACUUAAGCGCCUCAAGGUCUCAGAGACGGGAGCCUUUGGCUCUGCCCAUGCCCCCGCACGCACUGUGUGCCUGCCUUUCAGGACACCCACGUGUGGGGCUCCGUGGGAGGACGCCUUUGUCUGGGAGCGGAUGGAGUACGCUGUGGAAUCCCCUGCAGAUGCCGCCGUUCCAGGAACACGUGUACUGCGGCGUAUCGAGUGA